AUGAGCUUGUCUUCCAGAUUCUCGCGGUGGCCUUCUUCCGGAACAUUUUGGCGACCAAGCUUUGAACACUUAUCGGCUAACCAGCCAUCUGGUCUCUGUGGUCGUAUCAAUAAUAGGCUCGCAGGAGCACAGCGCCGCGUCGAGUACAUGCGAAUGCGCGGGCCUCAGGCCAAAGGACAUGCAGAGCUUGCUGUAUGUCAAGUUGAACUACCUCUUCGGCCGGAAGCUUUAGUAGAAAACUCCAUUUCGGAAAACAGCACUUCACUUUCCACAAACCGAUACAGAAGAUGGCGGGCCCAAGCAAUGCAGCGGCCUGAUCCUCGUUUCAACUAUCCUUUGGACAGGAAACCAGCUUAUUGCGCCAUUCCCAACUCUGGCCUCGUCACACCAACACCGACAGACCUUGAGGAACCUCUUAAUCCCACCAGCGGAUCAAACUUAUCAGAACUAAAGAAAUUGGUCAGUCCCUAUCGCGUAAUCGCUCAGUAUGGUUUUUUAUUUCACAUUGGCUUCCUAGGGAAUUUUUAUUUACUCAGCAUUGAUCAGUUCAACACAUUUUUUAUCAGACAAGACCACACAGUCAGGCUUGAACAGUUUUUGAUAACCUUUGACGUCUUUUUUGAGUAUAUGCGACAACUCAUUAGGGAAUUCGUGGUCUUACUAUGUUCUGCGACAGUACGUCUUAUCAGCAUCCCCAACGGGACUAGAAUAAUUCCACUGCAGUAUAUAAUCUCGACACGUUAA